CCGUCAUCUUCAUCCUUUGAUCUUCCUCCUUAUACUAUACUAUAGAUUAUUCACGAUCUGAUUCGUCUCUAUUUAUAUACUUCUACUCAGCCUUUCUUCACCUUUAUCAUCUUACUCUUACUCUUACUCUCACAUCUUUACACUAGACCCCUCCUACUCUCAUACUCUCUCUCUUCAAUCUAAACCGAUUCAACCUAACAAAAUCCUCCAUACUAUACUACCUGGAUAUACGACCACCAUCCAAAUGUCCCCCUCACCAUGCAAACCCCAACACAAACCAACCACAGCCACCACCAUCACAUCUCACCCCAAACAUAACACAACCACAAACAAAGACACCGACACAAGUACAACCCUCAGCGCCAACUUCGCCCACCCCGCCAAAUCCCCAUCCCCACCUCCCCCCAGCCAGCCUCAACAACAACCUCCCCCCACAACAAUCGACUACGACCACGAAACCUACCUCCAGCUAGUAGCCGACGGGCACAAGACUCCUAAUCAGGUUUAUCGGGAGGAACGAGCCCGCCACCGCACCUCCCGCUCCCUAGACCCAGCGAUCAUUUCCGAUCCGCGCGGCGAGCCGAGUUCGAUUGAUUUUGAGUGGGCGGAGGAGAGUCAGCGUCGGAGUCAGGGUCAGACUCGGUGUUAGUUAGGGUCAGACUCAGCAGUCGAGGGAUGGUUCGUCUGUCGAGCUAGUACUCCGUACUUGGUCGUAGGUUGCCUGGUUGUUUGUGGUGCUUUUGUUUGGCUGGUCUGGGGUGUCUUGGUUAGACAGAGUAUUUCCUCACAGGGAGGAUAGAGGACUUCUACGGGAGAGAAGGAUAGAACAUCCUACAAAGAGAAGAUAAUAUAGAAGAAUACG